GUAUAGACGUACGUACGUAGCGCUAUAGCGAGCGCAGCGCCCCUAAUGCCAAGGCGGUCGUUGUUUAGCUAGUCGAAAUAACGAAAUCUGAUUGGUCUGUUGUCGAUGGUAACUUUGAGCCAAUUACCUUGCAACACUAACAGUGGCAGAUUUAUGGUGAUUGUGUGCUUUUUUUUCAAUGAUAAAAUCACCUCCAAUAGAGUGCUGACAGGCUUACAACACUACAUUUGGGUUGGGGGGGGGGGGGUGACUGUGUUGUGUACAUAUGUGAAAAUUUACUACUUGUAGAUCUACUGGAGUCAGUGGAGAGGUGGGUGCAGGCAGAAGCAUAUUCAGAAUGAAGACUCAAAAUUGAUUAUUCCCAAGAGGAGUUAAAACCUCAAUUGUUUCAUGACAUUGGCGACAAUUUCUUAAUUACAAACCAGUAGAACUUGAUAUUUGGGGUUAACAAACUCAAAUAUCAUUUGGCAAUCUUUCUAAUCUAACAAGUUACCAAUUUGCACCAAUUUUGUAAAUGCUGCCAAUUGAGGAUUCACAUUAUUUCAGUUUGCACUUGAAAUAAUUCCUAUGAGCCACUCAGCCAUUCAUGAGGGCUAAUUUUUUCAGAAAAAAAACCCCUCUCUUUUUGUACAUAUUUCAGAAUUUUAGAAAACCUGAUUGAAUUGUAUCAGAUGUGGUCUGCUACUCAAUGGGUGAAAUUGAAGCAUAUAAAUGGAAAAAAAGUGGAUUGAAACAUAAAGAGAAGGUGAGAAAAUAGUGGCAAUUGAAAGUAGGCAUUUGGAACAUGACCACUACACUAUAACCGUGCUCAUUGAAAAGAGAGAUAAUGUAAGUGGUAGAAAUUUAAAAUGUACAUUUUUUUUUCUUUCAGUUGCACUGUGUCAUUGGAGGAGAAAAACCAAGAAGUCGCGGAUCAGGAAAGCGUGAUAGAAGGUAUGAUCCUGGUAUGAUCAGUGAAUGGGCUCUAGUCCAAUCAAUCCAAGUCUUGAGACCAAGAUCGAGUCACUUUACCCAUUACAAAUGCAAAGACAAUGAAAAUGCACACAUCCACACACCCUCACACAGACACACACACAUAUAUAUAUAAAUAUAUAUAUAUAUACAUACACCAAAAUCACUGAAUUACUACUGAACCACUAAAAGAGGUCUAAUUUUCAAAAUUAUUCGAAAGUCUAAAAUUUUCUGAAAGUGUUUGAUGGCUCAACCUAAUUUAUCAUUAAAUAUGCGUAUGAUUCUGACCAAAUUUACCAUGCCGACCAAACUAUACAUUUAUAAUUCUUUCAUCUUCAUUAUGUAGCACAAUGCGGUCAUCGUGUCCUGUCAUGCUAAAGUUGCUGGCUUCCGUGGAUGGGAAGAAACUUUGGUUAUCGUCCAUGGUAUCAGAGCAUAAUCAUGAGGUGUCAGAGGCACUGUUUCGCCACCUGCCUCAGCAGAGGAAACUGUCUGAUGAUGAGAGGGAGGAAGUAAUGGGAUUUCUUGCAAUGGAUGCCAACAAGAAACUCAUUCAAGAGAGAAUGCAGAGCAAAACUGGGAAGGUCAUUGUGCUUCGAGAUUUAACAAACAUUGCUGCUAAGGUGAAGUGUAGAGAACAAGAUGCAGCCACCAUUGUGCGGACACUCCGUGAAAAAUAUGGUGCGACAACAGAAGUCCUGAAAGACAAGAGCAAUCAACUCACUGGCCUAUUCUUUCAAGAUCCGGAUAUGCAUCGAAUCUAUCAGGCCUAUCCGGAACUUAUCUGCGUAGAUGCAACAUACAAACUAAACAACCUCAGGAUGCCUCUCUACCUGAUUCUUGUGGAAGAUGGUAACGGUAAAAGUGAAAUAGCAGCGGCAGCAAUUCUUGCGAGUGAAAACAGAGAGAGCUUGAAAUGGCUGUUUGAAAGUUUCAAGAAACACAAUGAACACUGGCCCCAAACAGUUAACAUCAUGAGUGACAAAGAUAUGAAUGAACGAGAGGCAAUAGGAGAUGCCUUCCCUCAAGCAAGCAUGCAUGUUUGCUUGUUCCACACACUGCGGACCUUCCGUCGAGAGGUAACAGAAGGGAAGAUGGGUAUUACCAGUGGACAGAGAAUGACGGCUCUGAGGAUACUUCAGAAAAUAGCAUACAGUCAGAAUGAAGAAGAGUACAAGAAAAAUCUAACACUUCUUGAGGAGUCAUGUCCAUCUGCAGUCACACAGUAUGUGAAGGCAAACUGGGAUCCCAUCAGAGAAGAAUGGGUCCUUGGCAUGAAGAACACUUACACACUGUUAAACAACACAAACAAUCGUCUGGAGUGUCUGAAUCAGAAAGUAAAAAGCGUUGUAGGACGCUACAGCACACUGCCAGAGUUCAUAUCAAGAUUCUUUGUUUUGGUGCACUCAUUGAGAGGUGAGCGGGACCAAGAUGCAGCAAACAUAGUUCAUAAGAGGAAGGUGAUGAAGUUGCCAGAAGAUGCACCGGAAAGGAAAUACUGUGAGGUUCUUACCCCAUAUGCAGCCUCAUUAGUGAACCAGCAAUUGAGCAGAAAGGCCAGCCCAAAUUCCCAGUACAAAACAAUGCAAAAUGAAUGUAACUGUAGUUUCUACAAUGCUACUCACCUACCAUGCUGUCACAUCUUCCAGCUUAGGGCUGAGCAGGGGCUGCCAAAGUAUGACAAUGACCUGUGCCCACUGCGUUGGACCACUGCCUUCUACAAAUCCCAACAGAGGAUUUUUGUGACUCACCAGGAUCAGCACAUGGUAACACCGAGAUCUGCAGGAGUUUCAGUGGAGCAACAGCAAAUACGCCCAAUUAGCCAGCAUGCGCGCUAUAGGACAGCGAUAGACAUAACAUCAAAGUUGGCAUCUGUUGCAUCAGAGACAGCUGGACAAAUCUACCAGAACAGAAUAACAUCACUUAGAAGGAUCUACGAGAUGUGGUGCCAAGGAAAAGAAGUUACCAUAACGGAAAAACAGGAUGACAUUGAUGCCCAGGAGGCCACAGAGGUGAUGGUAGUUGACAGGAUGGACCAGGAAGAGGAGAGAGAGCAUGGAGGGGACAAUAAGGAAGGAGAGGAGGAUCAGGCUGAGGAGGAGGAGGUGGGACAGGACAAGGAGAUUAGACAAGAGGAGAGGGAAGAUGAUCUGACAGCUGUAGGUCUGCUUCAGGAAAUGCAUUUGACAGUUAUCAAGUCUCCAGAGGUUGAGAUGAUGGAAGAGGAAAGGUUGAAGGAAUGUGAGGUAACGCAGGACAAUGAGACUGUAUCAGAGGUGAAUGACGAUGAACUAGUCCAUUUACUGGAGGAACUGAGGGCAGAGAGUACAAACGUUGAUGCUCCAAAUGCUUUGGAGGUGAAUGAAGGACGUACUGAAAAUCAGCAGAAGGGGGAAGUACAGGAAGUGACAGCACAAGAGAAGGGUGAUGAUCAUCAGGCGAAAGAAGUGCAGAUGAAGGAUGCAUUUGAUGAUCUGAAGGGGUUGAGACUACCACCCAAAAUGAAGAAAAGAGGAAGACCAAAGGGCCAGGAGUGCACUGUUGUUGGGCUGCCAAAGAGAAAAAAACGUCAGACCAUUCCAUUCUCAAGAUUGCAUCCAUGUGAGAAAGAUCAAGCUGUUGUGUCAUGGCUUGUCGGAGAAGAGCUGGCAAAGAGAAGUAUUCUAAGAGGAUAUAUGAUCGAGGAGGUGGAUGUCGAGGUCAGACCUGAGAAACUGCCCUCCAGGAUUUUAGACGAGCAGGUCGAUGUUAACAGGAUGAGGAAGUAUUUUACCAAAGAUGCCUGGAGUUUGGUGCAGGAUGUGGUGGCUGCCAAGAGGAAUGAUCCAAGAUGGACAUGCCCUAUUUGCAACCUUGACCUUGAUGACAUAGACUCACCUACACUUGGGUGUGAUGCCUGCUUGGAAUGGUUUCACCUGAAAUGUCUAGGGAAAGCAAGCCAGCCAAAGGCGGCCAAAUGGUUCUGCUCAGUUUGCCGCAAUGCCACACACCGCAACUCCCAAAACUGAUUAAUUUGGGAACAGAUCCAUCCAGGCUCAAAAGUCAUGAAAUUAGUAUGGAAUUGCUAAUUUUACCUAGUUUGGCCUAAGGUCGGUCAGGCUUACCUCAAGCAUUCCAUAUUUCAGUUGAGCGGAGAUAUGUCUCUCCUCUGGUCUCGAUCUGUUGCACAGAUCGAUACUUCUUGAAAUCCUUGUGUAGAACUUAGUGAAAGAAGACUCGCUUUCAUUUUAUUCUUUAUUCAUUCCUUUGGUAUUCAUUUUAAUAGUUUUUUUUUUUUUCAAAAUCGGAAAAGAAAGCAAACUCUUGGCCUAUUUCCAAUGCCACGUUUAAGGAGAGUUUAUGCGGUUUUCAG